ACGUGGUGUGUUUUGGUCGCACAUGUGCACGGGACUAGCUUAGACUAAAGUUCGCUCCGUCCAAACCCAAUACGGGAGCUGACGUCACCGCCGGUCACAAUGCACGGCCAAUUUCCCUUUGGGUCCAAAUCCGAUGCUUUUCACUCCCUCCCACUCAAUCCCAACCCACAAUACCUCCGGCGUAUCCCCUUCAUAGUCCAAAUACUCACCCAACCCGAUUUCACACAUGGACCGCCCGAGCCCGAAACCGACCACCCGGCCCCACCACGGUUCCGUCGGAGGCGGCGGCAGCGGGGGGCGCGAGGACUGUUGGAGCGAGGGCGCCACGGAGAUACUGAUCGAGGCCUGGGGCGACCGUUAUGUCCAGCUCAACCGUGGUAACCUCCGUCAAAAGGACUGGAAGGAGGUUGCCGACACCGUCAACGGACGUCAAAACGGCGUUAAGCCCCGCAAGACGGACAUCCAGUGCAAGAACCGGAUCGAUACGUUGAAGAAGAAGUACAAGCUCGAGAAGGCCAAAUCACCUCCGUCCCAAUGGCCUUUCUUCUACCGCCUCGACUCGCUCAUCGGCACUAACGCCGUUUCCAAGAAGCCCACCACCGUUACUUUCACCGUCAAGCCUUCCUCCAAGCCCAAACCCAGCCCUAACCCUAACCCUAACUCUAAUCUCGUAGUUUACUCCGGUGCGGGGUCCACGGACAGUUCGCUUGGGGAUGAUGAUGAUGAUGUCGACAACGACGACGACGAUGAUGGUGGAGGUGUAGGGUUUGAUGGGAGGGUGUCGAGAAAGCAUCGGAUGGAGAGCGUAGAUUUGUCGGAUGGGGCAGCGUGUAGGGAAUUGGCGAGGGCGAUACUGAAGUUUGGAGAGAUCUACGAGAGGAUCGAGAGCUCGAAGCAGCAACAGAUGAUGGAGCUGGAGAGGCAGAGGAUGGAGUUUACUAAGGACCUUGAGUUUCAGAGGAUGAAUAUGUUCAUGGACGCUCAUUUGGAGAUUGAGAAAAUGAAGCGCCCCAAGUAUGCUCCGAGUUCAGGCAAGAAGCAAUAAGCUGAGAUUGCAGGAAUGCUUCUCAUUUUCAAAAAGGAAGUGCAGCAUGGUGAUCUCUUUUGAAACCCGCUUUGGGACUGCCCUGUUUACAGCACACGUUAGCCAUGAUAUAUUGCUCGCAGUUUCAAAUUCAAAGCUUUUGAAGAUGGUUUGCCAUCGUUGUAAUGUUCAGUGUAUAUUAUUAGUUAUUUUGCUCCAAAUUUCUUGUACUUAUGAUGUGUUUUGUAAUCACUGUAUGAUUAUGAGUCUAAGACCCUGUUCUACUCAUAGAUCUGAGAGUUUUUUUUGGCGAACCAAUCAGUUUGUGAUUCGUGUUUUUCACAUGAAGGAAAGUUAUGUUGCUUCAA